AGAUAAAAUAUAAAGAGACUGGACUGAGCGGAGGAAUAAAAGCUGAACACAGAGAAAAUAAAAGAGGAGAGAAAAGAGGAAAGAGAGAGAGAGAGAGAGAGAGAGAGAGAGAGAGAGAGAGAGAGAGAGAGGAGGGUUGAGUCUCUGGUCUGUAGACAACAGAGGGAAACACAAGAGGAGUCUCCACAAGUUGUGCUGGUGAUUUUCCUCGGAGGCCAACGAGAAGAGAAGAGAGUUAAAGAGGCCUUCCUCCCCCCUUCCCUGUUCUCCCCCCUCUGCACCCUCCUCUGAAUGAUUGAAGCCAUGCCCAUCGUGUCUACAAGCAAAGGGCUGCAUGAGACCCUGGCCCUGCUCACCUCUCAGCUCCACCCGGGCGCCAAACACAAAGAUGACCUCCACUUCCUCAAAGACGUCUUCAGUGAGAAGAGCCUCGGUUACCUCAUGACGAUCCAUGAAAAACUGAAGCUCUACGAGAAACAGAACCCCACUCCAGUCCUGCACAGCGCCUCCUGUCUGGCAGAGGACGUGGCUGAGGAGCUCCAGAACGGCCCCCUGGAGGAGGACGAGAGGGAGCUGCUUCUCCUGCUGAGCACGCCUCACCUCAAGGCCAUGCUGUCAGCUCACGACACGGUGGCCCAGAAGAACUUUGACCCGGUGCUGCCGCCGCUGCCGGAGGAUCUGGAUGAUGACCUGGAUGAGGAGUCGGUGAAGAUCGUCCGGCUGGUGAAGAACAAGGAGCCUCUGGGAGCGACGAUUCGGAGAGACGAUGCGACGGGGGCCGUGAUCGUGGCCAGAAUCAUGAGGGGAGGAGCAGCCGACCGCAGCGGUCUGGUGCACGUCGGGGACGAGCUUCGCGAGGUCAACGGGAACCUGAUAACCCACAAGAGGCCGGAUGAAAUAAGUCAGAUUCUGUCGCAGUCACAAGGCUCCAUCACGCUCAAAAUCAUCCCAGCUGUUGCAGAGGAAGACGAACUGAGGGAAAGCAGGGUCUACCUUCGGGCUCUGUUUGACUACACUCCCUUCGAGGACAGGGCCACACCGUGUCAAGAGGCAGGACUUCCUUUUCAGAGGGGAGACAUUCUUCAGGUGGUGAGCCACGAGGACGCCACCUGGUGGCAGGCCAAGAGAGUGGGCGACUGUAACCUGCGUGCCGCCCUCAUCCCCUCCUCACAGUUCCAGGAGAGGCGUCUCAGAUACAGAAUGAAAAUGGGUUCCUUUCCGUCUCCUGUGUCCCUGAAACCUUCGACAUAUGAUCGUACUGACAGAGAAGACUGUGGCAGUGAGGGUUCUCUGAAUGGAAAGGAAAUAGUCUCUCCCAAGAGUAAGGCCGCCCCUGCCCUCUGUGGCCAGGCUUUCUCAUGGGAUUUUUACUCAGCCAGCCUGCGCAGGAGCCUCCGCCACCGGAAAGAGCGCCAUGGAUCCGCCAGUGAAGCUCACACUCCAGAGGCCAAUCACACCGAUUUCCUGAUUUAUGAAGAAGUGACACAAUACCUGCCCCGCCCCGGUGACAGGCCGCGCCUCAUAGUACUGAUAGGUUCCCUGGGAGCUCGGCUCUCCGAACUCAAACAGAAGGUGAUAGCUGAGAAUCCUCGACGCUACGGUCUGGCCGUGCCUCACACCACUCGAGCCAGGAAGGGUCACGAGAGAGAAGGAGUGGAGUACCACUUCAAUUCGAAAGCAGCGUUCGAGGCCGACAUCCAGAGCGGCAAGUUUAUUGAAUACGGGGAGUACAAAGAUAAUUUGUACGGCACCAGUUUGGAAUCCAUCCAUAGAGUUUUGGAUCAAAACAAAGUCUGUUUGGUGGACGUGCAACCAGAGGCCCUGAAGACUCUCCGUGCUGCUGACUUCAAACCGUACGUAGUCUUUGUGCGACCUCGCGUCCAUGACAGUCAAAGGAAACCGCUCGGCUCCUGUUCCUCUCUCAGCUUGGGCUUAACGGACGAUAAACAGGAAUUAAAGCAGUCGGCGGAGGAGAUGGAAGAGAGCUACGGCCAUUGGAUGGACUAUGUUUUGGUGAAAGAGGACCCAGUCAGUGCCUUAGCAGAGCUCCAGGUCGUACUGGAGAGGGUGCAGAUGGAGCCUCAGUGGGUGCCUGUGUCCUGGGUCAGGAGCUAGUCUGCUCAGCUACGGCCGGCUGCUUCAUAUUCAAACCGUGAAACACUGCGAGUUUGGAAAACUGCCUGAGGAUCAGAGUGCUGCAGCGAUCCAGCGUCUGCUGCCAUAACCAUUCCACAGAUACAGGUUAAUGAGCUGAGUCAUAACCGAACAUCAGCGAUCUCUGAAAGCUGUUUUCUUUCAUCAGUAUGAACAUCUUGUGGUUUUGAUUAGAUUGAUCACUGCAGGUACAGUGCAGGUGAAUAUACUGUAUAUCUAUGUUGUACAGUGGCAGUAGAUCAGCUCCGACAGGCAGGAAGCACAUGCAUGCAGGACAAAGUUCCUAAAGCAAGAAUCUGCUGUUGUGUGUUCCAAGACCCAAAACGUCUAUUGUAGCAGCUAUAAUGUGAAGUGCCAUAUUGAACACGUUGAACUGUGCUGUUACCUGAUGUGACUGAAUUAAACAAGUUUG